AUGUCGGCGUUAACGUUGGUCUCGGCAUCCACAGUUUCCGGUGCCCAUCUGCCGGCCCAUGCGGCUAACCGCGAUACAUGGGAUCGGAAGAUUGAAUUCCUCCUGUCCAUUAUUGGAUUCUGUGUAGAUCUGGGGAAUGUCUGGAGGUUUCCCUAUGUCUGCUACAAGAAUGGAGGAGGCGCCUUUCUCAUUCCCUACACCGUGAUGCUGAUCCUGGGCGGGAUGCCAUUGUUUUAUUUGGAAUUGGCGCUGGGACAAUAUUACCGGUCGGGAUGUAUCAGCAUUUGGCGGUACAUAUGUCCGCUAUUCAAAGGUGUGGGAUUUGGGAUUUGUGUGAUCGCAUCGUAUAUGAGUUUUUAUUAUAAUACAAUUAUUUCCACGGCAAUAUAUUAUAUUGUGGCCUCUUUUCAAGCGGAAUUACCAUGGGCACAUUGCAAUCACACAUGGAACACUGCCAACUGCAGUCAGAACGCCAGCAGUGCCAAUGAUUCGUCGCGCAUCUCACCCGCGGAGGAAUAUUACUUUCGGCAAGUGCUGGAAAUUCACAAAUCCGAUGGCAUCCACGACCUGGGUCCGCCACGAUGGCAGUUCGUCUGUGGACUGGUGGUGGUGUUCAUAAUGGUGUAUUUUGCACUCUGGAAAGGACCAAAGAGUUCGGGGAAGGCCGUAUGGGUGACGGCCCUAUCGCCUUUUGUUGUGUUAUUCAUCCUGCUGAUCCGCGGACUGACCCUGGAUGGAUCCCACGACGGCCUCAAAUAUUUCCUGGAACCCGAAUGGAGUCGUUUACUGGCCGGUGAGGUGUGGUCGGACGCGGCGGCCCAAGUUUUCUUCUCCCUAGGUCCCGGCUUCGGCGUGCUGAUGGCGCUGGCCUCGUACAAUCCCUUCCACAACAACUUCUACCGGGAUGCCCUCUUGACGAGCUUCAUCAAUUUCUUCGCCAGCUUCCUCAGUGGACUGGUGGUGUUCAGUGUUCUAGGUUAUUUGUCGCACGUAACCGGCAAAGAGGUUAAGGACGUCGUGUCCGAUGGUCCGGGAUUGGUUUUCGUUGCGUAUCCGACCGCCAUCGCAACGAUGCCGGGUGCUCAGUUCUGGAGUGUUAUCUUUUUUAUCAUGCUGGCCUCGCUGGGAUUGGAUAGCACGUUUGGUGGACUGGAAGCCAUUUUAACGGCAAUAUCCGAUGAAUUCCCCGUACCUUUUGGCAAACAUCGAAAACUUUUCUGCUUAGGAAUCUGUUUGUAUUGUUUCUUGGGCUCAUUACCAACCACUACUUAUGGUGGACAGUACGUCAUUACGCUAUUAGACUUUUUCGGACCGACAAUCGCAAUUCUGUUCAUUGUAUUUGUGGAAGCAGCGGCGUUUUGCUGGUUUUAUGGUAUAUCGCGGAUAUCACAUGAUGUUAACCUAAUGUUGGGCCACAAACCGGGAUUAUUUUGGAUUAUAUGUUGGACAUGUAUUAGUCCUGUUUUCAUAUUGGCAAUCUUCAUUUUGACCCUGACCAACUACACGCCGUUGACCCUGGGCAGCUAUGUGUUCCCCGAGUGGUCGGUGGCGUUGGGAUGGGUGCUGACCUUCUCGUCCAUCCUCUGCAUUCCCGGCUACAUUAUCAUCGCGUUGCUCACGAGAAAAGGGACACUUCUCAGUAAAUUUCACAAGCUGAUCCGACCGGAAGAGUUCACCGCGGAGCCCAGCGAGACGGUGGCCCUGAACAACGGCAAACACCUCGACACGGAGCACCCCCCGGUCAUCACCUUCCCCACCUUCACCAUGUCCCCGCCCACCACCACCACCACCAGCUCCACCUUCGACUAGCCACCCCUGUGUUCUCAUCCGCAUUUGUAUUCGUUCGACGAAUGUGAUUGCUCUGCGCGGCACUUUUAAUUAGACUACACAGUAUAAACAAAUCCUUAAUAAAACUGACUAGUCAAGA